CACAGUGCAUGGUAUUCAAAUAUGCGAGACCGAUUAAACCCGAUCCCUAAUCGGCCUGAACCGACUGGGCAGAGUAGAGAGUAGAGACUGCUAUAGUCUUUGUAUCAGGUUCUCUCUUCCUUUCUCCAUCUUCCUCUCUUCGUCUCUGUCGUCUCUCACGCUAUCAGGAUCGCUAUCAUGGUCGUGGAACCUCUGAACUAGAGUUUUCAGGAACCCUAAUCAAGAAUUUGCCAAUGGAGGACCCCGAAGGAGUCCUCAGCUUCGACUUCGAAGGCGGCCUCGAAAACGGCUCCGCCAAUCCCUCUGCUUCUGUCCCCUUGAUCCCAACUGACUCCUCUGCUGCCGUUCCUGGAAACCCCGCCCCUGCUCCGGUUGCCGGAGAUACGAUCCCUGGAGGUCCCGCUGGACGGCGAAGCUACCGGCAGACAGUAUGUCGGCACUGGCUCAGGAGCCUCUGUAUGAAGGGUGAUGCCUGUGGGUUCCUACACCAGUACGAUAAAUCACGGAUGCCUGUUUGUCGAUUCUUCCGAAUGUAUGGAGAGUGUCGAGAGCAAGAUUGCGUGUAUAAGCACACAAACGACGACAUCAAGGAGUGUAAUAUGUACAAAUUUGGAUUUUGUCCAAAUGGUCCUGAUUGCCGGUAUAGGCAUGUGAAGCAAGAUGGACCUCCACCUUCCGUGGAAGAAGUCCUCCAGAAGAUUCAGCAUUUGAGUUCAUUCAAUUAUGGCUCAAACAGAUUUUACCAGCACCGGGGUGGUGGUUAUGGCCAACAAAUUGAAAGGCCUCAGUUUCCACAAGGUCCUGCGACUGUCAAUCAAGGUUUAGCAGUAAAAAUAUCUACCACUGCUGACUCCACCAAUGUUCAGUCACAACAGCCACAACAACCACAAGCUCAGUUUCAACAGCAGCAGGUUAGCCAGAUUCAGACGCAGAAUCUCCCCAAUGGUGUGCCUAUUCAAGCUAACAGAACAGCUACACCACUUCCUCAAGGUUCAUCUAGGUAUUUCAUUGUUAAAAGUUGCAAUCGCGAAAAUUUGGAAUUAUCUGUGCAACAAGGAGUGUGGGCAACCCAAAGAAGCAACGAGGCUAAAUUAAAUGACGCCUUUGACUCGGUGGAGCAUGUGUUUUUGAUCUUUUCCGUCAAUCGAACACGCCAUUUCCAGGGAUGUGCAAAGAUGACAUCUAAAAUUGGUGGAUUUGUUGGAGGAGGAAACUGGAAACAUGCACAUGGCACUGCACAUUAUGGGCGAAAUUUCUCUGUGAAAUGGUUAAAGCUAUGUGAGCUGUCCUUCCAUAAAACUCGGCAUUUGAGGAAUCCAUACAAUGAAAACCUCCCUGUAAAGGUAAGAAGUUUGACUUAUGGCCAUAUUUGAAGGAUUUCAUAUCCU